UUAGCAUCUCUCGCUACUCUCUCUCUCUUCCUCGCCGUCGUCACUCUGCCUCCUCAUCCUCCUCUCGCAUCGCUGCCCUUCUUUACCGCCAUUUCGAUUUCUACCUCCUGGCUACUCCCUUCCGAGCCUAUUUUUUGCCAUCUGUAUUGCCGGCCUGAGCCGCCCCUCGCGAGCAGAAAUCCGGCCCUCAACGACCCAUAAUCACCGUGGCUGUUAGCCUAUUCUGCACGACGACCUGAUUGAAUUUCCCCCAUCCUGAAAUCGUUGGGCUCUUUACGGCCAUGUCUGAGUCAACCAGCGCCAAUACCGCGAAACCGAGCAGCAGCGUCAAGCUGGUACUUUUGGGAGAAGCGGCGGUUGGAAAGUCGUCAUUGGUGCUGCGAUUUGUCAACAAUGACUUUCAAGAGAACAAGGAGCCAACAAUUGGAGCGGCCUUCCUGACCCAAAAAUGUUCCCUUCCGACGCGGACGAUUAAAUUCGAGAUCUGGGAUACCGCUGGUCAGGAGCGGUUCGCCUCGCUUGCACCCAUGUACUACCGAAACGCCCAAGCGGCUUUGGUGGUUUACGAUGUUACCAAGCCGUCCUCGCUCACCAAGGCUAAGCACUGGGUGGCUGAGCUCCAACGCCAGGCCAGCCCCGGGAUAGUCAUCGCCCUCGUCGGUAACAAGCUGGACUUGACAAACGACGCGAAUGAAGCGGCGGGUGAGGCGCAGGCCGAGGGAGAACACGAGUCCUCGCCAGCCGAGGGAGACGAGGCCACCGAGGAAUCUCAAGAGGAACAAGACGCUUCGAGCGGAGACGCUCGGAAGGUGCCGACACGUGAGGCUAGCGCCUACGCGGAGGAAGAAGGCCUAUUGUUCUUUGAGACCAGUGCCAAGACUGGAGUAAACGUUGUCGAUGUUUUCACCGCUAUAGCCAAUGCGAUCCCCGAGAGUAGCCUGAAGAGCGGUCGUGGAGCAGGCGCAGGCACCGGACAGACCAGUUUAAGCGGCGGUCGCCCGGCCGAGGACUCGCGGGUCAACCUAGGCGAGAGAGGCGCCGCGACAGCCAAGGAAGGAUGUGCAUGCUGAUACCAAAUUGCUUUUAUAAUUGCUUGCCUUUUUGUUAUUGUUGUCUUUUCUGCCUCUCUUAUGGUUCUGUUCUUUUCAAUACAAUACCAGGUUGAUUACAGGUUAAUGUGUUCAUCCUCAGGGGGUUUGGAUUGUCAGCGCCUGAGAGACUGGUUCUACGGUCCGAGUCGUCUCAGCUUGUUGUUUUGUAUCAGUCGGCGACAGCGUUUUCCAAUUAUGCCAAUUUCCCGGACUCCGACUGGGGAGGAGAUCAAGAUGUACAGAUGAUGGAUGCAGUGGCGGGAAUGGGAUUAGAACGAGAACCGUCCGUCACGUACUGACUGGAUAAUAAUGCG